UGCUUCCAUUCAGGCCCCAUACGUUAUGUAUACCAGGUUAAGUGUCCGUUUCUGAGUAGGUCAUGCCCAAACUUUUAGGGACGAGUUUGGGGUGUAACAAACCAGCUCCUCCAGCUCUCCUGCCUAAUCUCCUCCUACAACAUCCAGCUCCACUACGCAUGCUCCACCACCCACAUCCACCAAGAUAAACUCUGCUUCAAUAGCGCCUUUCCUUUGCCCAAAUCAAUUUCCAUGAGUUCCCUACCCCUCCUUUUCUCUCUCCUCCACCCAACCCCAACGCCCCAUGUAAAUUUUCAUCACAUCUCCAACCAUCCUUCGAAGCCUCUUUGCAUCUCCGCAACCCCAUGACCGAACUCUUACACAAAAUCUCUUCCACGACUAGAAAAGUAAUAGUUGUCCAUGAUGCCCUCAUGGCUUAUGUGGUCCAGGACAUCGCUACCACACCAAAUUCGGAAUCCUAUUCUUUCACCACCAUUAGUGCGUUCGCUUGUUUCUUUGAAGGAUGGCAAAUGAUGGGAAAAUCCUCCAGGUAGACAAACCAUAGGGGUUACCAUCUAUUGAAGUCUGUUACCCUUCCGAGAUUCUAAAUUUCAUCACCCUCCAAAUUAAUUUCCUGAAAUUUACAUCUGGAUCUAUCAUGAACGCGUGCAGAUCAAUCAAAGUACCUACAUUGAUUUAUUGAAGAAGAUACUGAUUGAUGAAGACAAGCAGCUAUGGGCGAUCCAGGCCAUUGAACUCAAGAAGAGUAGAUGGCAACAAAAACUCAAAUAGGCAACACAGAUGUUUGGAUUGGCUUGGCAAACAAGCCCCACAUUCCAUGUUAUAUGUUUUGCUUGGAACAACAACUUCGAUGACAGAUCAAUGGAUCAAAGAGCCCACAAUGGGGUUGGAAUAGAGUGGGCAAAAGUUCAUUUGGGUGUUUAAAGAUGCCGGUAAAGGAGACAUAUUUGCAGACGAUGUCAUGAGAGCAGAAGCCCUGCCAGAAGGUUAUGAAAAGAGAGUUAAAAGAAUUGGACUAGUGGUGAGAGAUUGGGCACCUCAACUUGAAAUUUUGGCGCAACUAUCAACGGGUGGGUUCAUGAGUCACUGUGGAUGGAAUUCAUGCUUGGAGAGCAUCACCAUGGGAGUGCCAAUAGCAGUCUGGCUGAUGCACUUGGAUCAACCCAAGAACACAGUUCUGGUAACAGACAUAUUAAAAGUUGGUGUGGUUGUUAAGCAAUGGGCAGCACACCAAGAGGUGGUGGCUUCAUCAACCAUUGCAAAAGAUGUCAAAGGUCUAAUGACAUCAACAGAAGGGGAGGAGAUGAGGAAGAGGGUGGAGGAACUGGGUUGUGCCACCUGACAGGCAGCGGAGUUUCUCGCAUGGAAUUGGAUUCAUUCAUUGCUCACAUAACUUUGUAGAUUCGUUUACUGACACGGGAUGAAUAUUGCCUUUCCUUGCAUUGGAUUGUAGCUCAGAACUUCUCCAGAA